CGAGCGAGCGUAUGUCGAACCAAGAUGGCGGCCCCGAGCAGACAGUAUGGGCUCAUUUUCCCAAAGAAAGCACAGCAGUUGCAGAAACCUAUUUUGCAGAAGCCAUCAGUGUUUGACAAUGACUCUGAUGAAGAGACCUCCGUGAGUGACAGUAUUCAGAGAGAAGCCUGCAAGAAACAAAUGAUGAAACAGACCAAACUUGAAAUCCAAAAGGCCCUCGCAGAAGAUGCCACUGUGUAUGAAUAUGACAGUAUUUAUGAUGAAAUGCAGCGGAAGAAGGAAGAAAGUAAUCCUAAAUUGCUUUUAGUAAAAGACAGAAAGCCUAAGUAUAUCCACAGCCUGCUAAAAGCAGUUGAGAUAAGAAAAAAGGAGCAAGAGAAAAGAAUGGAAAAGAAAAUCCAGAAAGAAAGAGAAAUGGAAAAGGGAGAAUUUGAUGAUAAAGAGGCAUUUGUGACAUCUGCAUAUAAAAAGAAGCUUCAGGAGAGAGCUGAGGAAGCUGAAAGAGAGAGGAGAGCUGCUGCCCUGGAAGCUCGUCUGGAUGUAACCAAGCAGAAAGACCUCAGUGGAUUUUAUAGGCAUCUUUUAAAUCAAGCAGUUGGAGAAGAAGAAGUGCCUGAAUGCAGCCUUCGGGAAGUUAGUUCUAGGAUAAAGGAGGAGAAGCCACGGGGUUAUUCUGAUGAAUUAAAUCCAGACCACAGAGUCCCAGUCAAUAGAGCUAUAACCAAAACCAGAGUGAAAGAAGAUGGAAACCCUGAUGCAGACAGUGACCUUGAUGCGGACAGCAGUGAAGAUGAUGACAGAACUGAAGACAAGAGUCAAUGGAUCCACAGGAAUGAGAGCGGCCACCAGAGUGAAAGGAGUCAAGCCCACUCCAGCUCCUCGGGGGAGGACAGAGGCCACCAGAGCCGGAGCCAUACCAAGGGCUCCAGGACAGUGAUGAGGGAGAGAGGUGACCAGCAUCAGGACCGUAGCCAUAAGAGCCACGUCAGAGAGCCAGACAGACGUCCUGAAAGUGGUCACCAUAAAGAAAAACCAGAUCAGCACAGGUCCAGGGAGGACAGCAAUAAAGACCACAUCUACAAGAGGCGAGAACAGGAAGAUAGAGAGAGAAGAGAGAGAAGGAUGGACCGAGAGCACAGGCAGGAGGAGGAGAGGGAGAAGCAGCCCUCCAGGGGACGAGAAAGGGUUAGACCAAGAAACAGUGAAGAGCUGCAUGAUGAGGAGAGGGGGGAGACCAAGGACAGGGGCAAAGGCCAUAUGGAGGGGAAGAGAGAUGGGCAGGAGAAGUGCAGAGAGAGGGAGCCAAGCACCAGACCUUUGGAGCAGGCUCAAGAGAGGGAGGAAAGCCACUCUGAUUCUGGAGCACAGGACAGGCUGUGUGGGGAGGAAGGCUCCAGCAGUGGGGGAGCCUCAGAGAGGGCCCCCAGCCCCAAAGGAUCACAGGAGUCAAAGCGCCGGCCAGAGGAGGGAGGAGAGGAGAAGCCUCCUGAGACACUGAGCAAGUUUGCAAAGCGCAGCAACAAAGAGACUGUCAUGUCAGCAAGAGACCGGUACCUGGCCAGGCAGAUGGCUCGUGUUGGUGCCAAAACCUACAUCGAGAAAGAAGAGGACUGAGGGUCACCCAGUGGCAGCAGUUAGUUGCCUGGCUGGGGGAGAGCAGGGA